UUUCCAGCAAUUUAAAACGGAAACAUUACCGGGGACAGAACAUUUCAGAAAAGCAGCUAUCCCCGUGUAAAAAAGAACUAACUCAAGACUAUUAAACCAAGAUAGCUGAGUUGGCUAUAAAGCAAUUGUGGUGUUAAAUACUGCAUCUUUUGGACCAGGAGGAACAAUGGAGAUGCUGCUCCCCAAAGCGCCACAGAAAAGGCAAGUGACCGCCAUUAUUUUCCUAUUACUAUUGUGGGAGGUGGGGAGUACGACCAUUAAAUAUUCUGUUCUAGAAGAGAAAGACAGCGGCUCUUUUGUAGCCAACCUAGAGAAAGAUCUGGGGCUGGAUCUAGGGGAGCUAGCUGUGCGGGGCGCCCAGGUUCUUUCCAAAGGAAACAAACAGUUCUUGCAGCUCGAACAGAAGAGUGGGAAUUUGCUUCUAAAAGAAAAGCUGGACCGGGAGAAGUUGUGCGGGGACACAGACCCAUGCCUACUGCCUUUCCAGGUGUUACUGAAAAACCCAGUGCAGUUUAUUCAAGGUGAAUUACAGCUUCAAGAUAUAAAUGAUUAUGCCCCGGAAUUCUUGGAAAAUGAAAUCCUCCUUAAAAUCUCAGAAAGCAGCCGCCCAGGGACUCGCUUUCCUUUGAAAAUGGCUCAAGAUUUGGACGUAGGUAACAACACAGUUCAGAGCUAUAUAAUUAGCACCAACUCCCAUUUCCACCUUGUUACCCAGGAUCAUAACGAUGGCAGGAAAUUCCCGGAGCUGGUGCUAGACAGAGCGCUGGACCGUGAGGAGCAGCCUGAGAUCCGGUUAACCCUCACUGCGCUAGAUGGUGGUUCACCGCCCAGCACUGGGACCUCCCAAGUUCUCAUCCUGGUCCUGGACAUCAAUGACAACGACCCUGAAUUUGGUCAGGGGCUCUACAAGGUGCAGGUCCCAGAAAACAGCCCAGUAGGUUCCCAUGUCAUCACCGUCUCUGCUAGUGAUUUAGAUACUGGGACCCACGGUGAGCUCUCCUACUCAUUUUUCCAACCCUCAAGUCAAGUCAUGCAAACCUUUGAAAUACACACAACCACAGGAGAGAUUAGGUUAAAAAAACUGUUGGAUUUUGAGGAAAUAGAAUAUUACCAUAUGGAAGUUGAGGCAUCAGAUGGCGGAGGUCUUUCUGGAAAAUGCACAGUAGCCCUAGAAGUGGUGGAUGUAAACGACAACGCCCCGGAACUGACCCUGUCUUUACUCAUCAGCGAUAUUCCAGAAAACUCCCCAGAAACUGUAGUCGCUAUUUUUGGAAUUUCAGAUCCAGACUCUGGAGACAAUGGAAAAAUGAUAUGUUCUAUCCAAGAUCAUCUUCCUUUCUUCCUGAAACCUACUGUGGAAAAUUUCUAUACCUUGGUCACAGAGGGUGCACUGGACAGAGAGAGCAGAGCAGAGUACAGCAUCACCAUCACGGUCACCGACUUGGGGACACCCAGGCUCAAAACCCAGCACAACAUAACCGUGCAGGUCUCCGACGUCAACGACAACGCCCCGACCUUCACCCAAACCUCCUACACCCUGUGGGUCCCCGAGAACAACAGCCCCGCCCUGCACAUCGGCACCAUCAGCGCCACAGACAGAGACUCGGGCACCAACGCCCAGGUCACCUACUCCCUGCUGCUGCCACCGCCGCCGCCACCGCCCCGAGACCCGCACCCGGGCUUCGCCUCGCUCGUGUCCAUCAACGCCGACACCGGGCAGCUGUUCGCGCUGCGCGCGCUGGACUACGAGACCCUGCGCGCCUUCGAGUUCCGCGUGGGCGCCGCCGACCAAGGCUCGCCCGCGCUCAGCAGCGAGGCGCUCGUGCGCGUGCGCGUGCUGGACGCCAACGACAACGCGCCCUUCGUGCUCUACCCGCCGCACAACGCGUCCGCGCCCUGCACCGAGCUGCUGCCCCGCGCCGCCGACGCCGGCUACCUGCUCACCAAGGUGGUGGCGGUGGACGCAGACGCCGGCCAGAACGCCUGGCUGUCCUACCAGCUGCUCAAGGCCACCGAGCCCGGGCUGUUCAGCGUGUGGGCGCACAACGGCGAGGUGCGCACCGCCAGGCCGCUGGGCGAGCGCGACGCGCCCAGGCACAGCUACCGCUAUGAGGUGUGUCUGAUGGGAGGUUCUUCUGGGGCCAGCGAUUUCAAUUUGUUAAAACCUAUUGUUCCCAACCUUCUACCCCAGACCACAGGGAGAGAAGUGGAAGAAAAUUCCUCUUUUCGGAAUAGUUUCGAUUUUUAA